AUGUCAAACGAUUUCCUGAGUGGUCUGAAUGAUAGGAUUGACGACUAUCUACAGAGUUCAUCGGAAGACAGCAGCAGCAGCAGCGAUAGCCUAGAGAGUAGUAACAGCAACAACAAUUUAGAGACCUCAUCAUCCGAAGGAAUCGAUCUUAGAUCGACCAACCAGUUUAGAUUGGAUAUAUCUAAACUUUUACAUAGUAAUUUCGAGUUUAUCAGUAAGGAUGAUAUAGGUAUUGAUAAGCAUCAAUCUGGCUUCCCUACAACAACUAGAUCAACAACUACAACAUCAACAACUACAGGAAAUACUGGAAAAGAUUCAGCACCUCCACCUCCACCACCACAACAACCAACAACAGGCGGAGCAACUCUUAAUAUAACUUCAUCGACAACCGGUAUCGAUCCAAAUAAAACACUCACAGUAACUACCAUAGGACAAGGCACUGGAGGUCAACCACCAUUAUCAUCAUCAUCAUCGACAGGUGGAAAUACUCCAGUAACAACAACAACAACAUCAACAACAACAACUACAGUAACUACAGGAAGUAAUAAUGGUGGUAAUGGUAAUCAGAAUAUAACUAUUUGUCCAGCUAUCAUACCACCACCACCUAAAAGCGAUGAUAGUGAAGAUGAUGAUGACAAGAAGCAUAAUCACCAAUGCAAACCUGGCGAUACACAUAUCGACAUUGGUACGCCGCAAAACUCGACCGCUUGGUGCUCAAAGAAACGUCCAAACAACUGCAGAUACAACUGCACUAUCACUGAUAUUGUCAACGACAAACUGCUUCGUUAUCUCAAACAGGAUGUCAUUCCAACGGCAAUAGCCAUCAUUGAGAAUCUCAUUCUGAUACCGAAGCGCGAAGGUCCUCUCAAGUUGAAUCGCGUCAUCUGGGAGUCGGUGAAUCACAAGUGUUCACAGGCAUCGAAUAGCAUCGAGAUCGAUGAAUCCGUUGUUAAACAGGGUGUAAAGGACACUGACCUCUUGUUGUAUGUCUCUUCAAGACCGAUGGCAUUAAACGACAUCAUUGCAUUUGGAACACCGUGUAACUUUGACUACGACGACAGCUACGGAAGAAGAAUAUUAAGUCGUCCACUUGCUGGCUACAUCAACCUGUCGCCAUCUUGGUACAACAAAACCUAUUCCGCUUUCAACAAGUAUGGAUUCCAACGUGCUGUUCAGUCGACGAUUCACGAGCUGCUUCACGUGCUCGGAUUCUCAUCGAAUCUCUACAAUAGUUUUCUCGAUCCCGACGGAUAUCCCCACAAGAAUCCGGUGGUUCGUGGCGAGCUUUCCGGUAUGGGUCUUAAUGGUCGUAUCGUUACCAAGAAGAUUUCAAUGUUGGCAACUCCACAGGUGCUUCAGACCGCGCGUAACUACUACAAUUGUUCUACGCUGGAGGGUGUCGAACUAGAGUCGGAUUGCUCAAACAACGAUUCCGAUUCGUCGCCAACCGAUCCACUUUGCGCUCACUGGGAAUCGAGAAUCGCAUACUCAGAGAUGAUGACAUCCGAGUCAUCGUCGACGAUGGCACUCUCAGUCCUCACAAUUUCACUCCUCCAAGACACUGGAUGGUAUCUUGUCGACACCAGCUUUGCACAGGAAUUCAGAUGGGGACAGAGAGAAGGUUGUAGUUUCGUAACAGGUCGUUGUGAGCAAUUCAGUCAGUCCACCAAAGAUAAAGGUUAUUUUUGUGACACACCAAAAUCUGAGAAAAGACAACGUAAAUGCACCCCCGAUGCUAAAGCAAUUGGAGCAUGUAAUCUUAAAGAGUAUAACUGGAAUAUAACAAGUUUUGAAUGUGAAUACUAUCAACAUUAUCUACGAGGUAGUUGGGGAGGUCCCAAAUUUACAGACUACUGCGCAUUCAUAGAGUUCAACACUGACAAUGAAAAAGGUCUAUCUCUCUGCACCGAUCAAGGCAAGGAUCAAAGAUGUUUCAUGAGUACACCACUUAGAGGUAAUUCUCAACAACAACCGGAUCCAAAGUGUUAUAAUACAAAGUGUAUAGAUAGUGUUUUACAUUUUCAAACUGGUAAUUCAAGUUCUUGUUAUACUAGGUGUCCAGUGGGUGGAGGAGAUGUCUUUGUGGAUCUGGGUAGUGGCAACAGUAGUAAUAGCAACAACAAUAACACGUUACAAAAGAUCACUUGUCCGCCCAGUCAUAUAGUAUGUUUGAGCUACAAGUUGAAUCUACUGUAUCCACGUGGUGAGUUGCGCACUUCGAAAGACCCCUAUUGGAAGUCCAAAGGUUUCUUGAUUCCGAUCGUGAUUGCAGGUGUCAUCUUGUUGUCUGGUUCAAUCUUUGGAGUGUUUUGCUACAAGAAAAUAUUCUUUAAGAACAAGAGAAAACCGGAAAUACCUCUGAAAUGUAUGAACAAACAAUCUAUUACACCACCAUCAUCAACCUUAACUGCAUCAGCAACUGAACUACCCAGCUCAUCAUCAGCAUCAUCAUCGGUUGUAUAG